CGCCCGGCUCGUUUGAAUUAAUGGUCGUUGCGUCUGCACACGACCGAGUGACUGGGGAUAUAAAAGCCGUGCCUCCUCGCCACAGCUCAACAACCGAAGUUUUCGACAAACAACAAAUCCAGUGACAGCCACUAGCUUCUCUUCCACUCACUUCAGCACCGAGAAAAGAACCGAAAUGGCCGAUAAGGGACACUGCAAAGUUGCUGGUUGUAAGUGCGGAGACGACUGUAAGUGCGGAGCCGACUGUAAGUGCGGGGAUUCGUGCAGCUGCGGACCAAAGUGCACCAAAUGUGGUUCAAAAGACUGCCAGUGUGGCCCAACCUGCGCGUGCCCGCCAGACUGCAAGGCUGAGAGCUGCUGUAUGUGCACCUGCCAGGGAUGUGCAAAAGACAAGUGCGAGUGCGGAGACAAGUGCCGCUGCCCCAAUGACUGCUGCAAGGGCUGUGCAAAGGCCUCCUAAGACUCUAACUCUGCUUGUAUACAUGUCGACAUGUAUCUUCAGUGUUCAUUUGUUAAUGUUAUGUGCUUGAAAAGAGUUUUUGUCACCUGCUGCAUACUGUUAAUUACAGUACUUACUUCUUGUGAGUCACUCUUCACAAACUGUGCAUGUGUAAUUCAGCAUUG